AUACGAAAAUGUCGACCAGUAGUGCACUUAGUAGUUAUUAUGUAGACUCUCUAAUAGGACAUGAAUCAGAGGACACGUAUGGACCCCGCUUUGUCCAGGGCUCGCACACUGCGACCUCAAGGCCAUCAGGUGUAGGAAAUAAUGCUGAUUUUUCUCCAUGCAGCUUCACACCCAAACCCGCUGUCUUCCCCACGUCUUGGUCCUCCGUUCACCCACCGUCCAGCGCCGUCUCCGGCAUUUUCCAUCAUUACGUGCCCCAGUCCCACCAUCCAGCCGCAGACAGCAGAUACGCUCGCUCCUGGAUAGACCCAGUCUCAGACUCCGUUUCCUUCCCCGGUUUCCAUCCAAGCAGUCGGCAUUACGGGACAAAGCUCGAGAGCUCGCCGCCGGAAAGAACUGCGUGUUCCACCGCUGAAGCUCAGCCUCCGGUCGCGCCCGACUAUGCGUGUGGAGCAUCAGAGCCACCGGAAAGCGACGAUAAAGCGACCAAAGACUCGAAUGGCAGCGAUAUUUCGAGUCACAGUGAGCCCAAAGAAGAGAAGCAACAGCAACUUGACCCAAGCAACCCAGCAGCAAACUGGAUUCAUGCACGUUCUACCAGAAAGAAACGGUGCCCUUACACCAAAUAUCAGACUUUAGAGUUGGAAAAAGAAUUCCUGUACAACAUGUAUCUGACGAGGGAUCGCCGUUACGAAGUUGCUAGAAUCCUCAGUUUAACGGAAAGGCAGGUAAAAAUCUGGUUCCAGAACAGAAGAAUGAAGAUGAAGAAGCUGAACAGGGAGAGGGGUAAUAACGACCAUCAGUGA